GACACUGGACAGCUAUAAAACAGUCACAAAAGUAGUUCAAUUUUAUUGUGGUACGCAUAUCUCUGCUACAUAACACCAACGAAGCAAUGUUCAAACUCGUUGUUGUAGCCGCUUGCGUCUUUUCGCUGGCCCUUGCCGGCCACUACGGGGGUCAUGGAGGCCACUCCGCCACCGCGCGCCAUCAGGACGACUAUGGAAAUUAUGAAUUCAAGUACGAUAUCAAGGACGGCUAUGGAAACGUGAAUGGGCGUCAGGAGAAGGGUUCACACGGUCACAUUGUCGGAUCGUAUUAUCUGGGUGAAAUUGAUGGACGCCACCGUAGCGUUCAGUACCAGGCUGGUAAGCUGGGCUUCAGAGCCACAAUUAAGACGAAUGAGCCUGGGACCAAGUCUAGUGAGCCCGCAUUCGCCCCGUACAUUAACACUGGCUUCGGAAAGUCAAUACCUUCGGGAGCAAUUCACGCCGUUCACGGCCAUUAUGGCGGACACUAUGGUGGACUUUAUUGAAAGGGCCACCGCUGUUCGACGGCUUGAGGCAGAUCAUGAUAACGCUUUCACGAGUCACAGACACCGACCGAUCUGUCCGCGCACAUCUUCUCCUUAGCUGUACAGAUAAAAGUGCAUUUGCUUACUUGCUAGCUCACCUCCUAUUCUGUAGGACUUUUUGUUUAAAUAGUGCUAGUGACGUAUAUUCUACCCUACAUCUGCCAUAUGUCCCUAACUGUAAAUAUGAUAAUAAAUUAAUUUAUUAUUUCAUACUCAGCGCAAUGUACGAUUCCUUACUUCAGCAACAAUGAACGCGAGCAUCAGCGUGCGCGUGUGGGUUUUACCGAAUAGGCACGUGGACGGCUCUGGCAGUUGAUGUACUUGUGAGCUCGGAAAGCGUAAUUUUUCUUCCAUAUUUGAAAACUAGUUGGACUGAUUCUUUGGUAAGGGGAUUUUUUAAAUAGCUUUUCCACAUUUCACUGUUAUGCAAAAUUAUGAUAGUGCGAACGCUGCUUUAUGCCAUCGCAAGACAAGGUUCUUCUAGAGCGCUUAGUAGCGAUAUCACGCAUGUCGAGGCAGGUAACUGCGAAUAUCACGAUAGAAAGCUUCUGUAGAACUAUAAAAAAGUGUAUAUUCUACUUCGUUACAUUUCUCAACCAAGUAAUUAAUUGUUGCCAUAGGCCCGCCGCGUUUUAGGCCGACUUUUUGACCGCAAAUGGCUCUACUGGUUACUCUAACAACCGCACGAUACGCUUUUUUCAAAAUAUAUGCUUAAGAAAUACAUGUGAUGAUAAUUAGAAGCAAACAACAAUAUAUGUGCACUUAGGGUUUUCCGUUAGACUGUUGAUUUGAAGAUAGAAACCUAAUCUUGCCUUGUCUAAACAUAUCCUUAUAAAAAUGUAAUAACGUCACAACCUAAUUUUAUAAACUUACGAAUUUUAAUGUCCCCUCAAGAGACCUCUCAAUCUCCAAUCAAUCAAAUGUCCUCUCAAUCAAAAAUAUCUUUUUACAAGAUUUGAAAUCCGCCAAAUGCUAAUUUUAAACUAUGUACGUCUACUACAAAUGUUGAAAGCAAGCAGAUAACAACGCCGACAUUAGAUACGUCUAGAUAAGAAAAACCAAUGGCAGACUAAUUAAAUAGAGAGCUCCUUCGAAAACCUGGUAUUUAUACAAAGCACUACAGAAAGAAUCCAUGUGACCUGUGUAGUUUCGUUGACCCGUUAAUGCAUGAAUAUCAGAAAAAUGGGUACUUAACCCACAAGAUGAAUUUUGGAUCACUUAGAUAAUAGUUGACAGUGUUCGUAAUACCAGGCCCGAAUGGCUGUCCUCACUUGACCUGUGCCACACGGAAACACGGCGGUGUUAAUCGACCAGCUCGGGCUCAGUGAUAGCGAAGUCCAGAUAAUGAUAUAGUAGUCUUGUCAAUAAAUUUUUUCAAUGUAAACCGCA